AUGGCCGAGGUUGCGCUAAUAAAAACAAGUACAUUCCGGUGUCUGCCGCCGCUCCACCGCUCGUUACCUGAGACGCCCGCGACCAACGGCGUCGUUACCGCGGCGUCAGCAGCUGCGGCCGUGGCGGGGGUGGUGGUGGAGGCGCCGGUGCGUGGCGGAGCGGUAGCGUUGGAGGUGGUGGAAGUGGAGGGGAGCGGUGGUGGAGACGAUGCGGAGGCGGAGGCGGAGGCGGAGGCGGAGGCGGAGGCGGUGGCGGUGGCGGUGGCGGUGGCGGUGGCGGAGCGGGACCCCGUUCCAGAAGUGGAAGCAAGAAAGACGAAAUUGGAAGUUGGUAUUUGGAUUGGAUCUGGUGGUCGCGGCGAGCGUGGAGGCGGUGCCCGGCGAAGUGGACAGAGGCGGCGCGGUAGUACUGAGGCGCAAAUACCCAGCGCGAGGAGAGAGGUUUUGGCGCGGGGCUCGGCGACGGCGUCCGACGAGGCCAGGAGCGAGCGACAACCAGCACAAGUGAUUGAGAGAAUAUACGCCCCACGUUUAUUUUGA